CCCCUGUCACAGAGGAUGAGUAAUUGUAUUGGAGCCGGUCAGAAUAGCUCUGUCCUGGAGGGAAGGUGUUUAGAGAAAGCUGAACAGCCGUGUGGCCUGGGCACUCCUGAGGCCGGGCUGAUGUCGACGGGAGGCGUGGGGAGGUCUGACGAUGAGCAGGUGGCCCCGGGACAGAAACGCAGCGCGGCUCAAGCCUUCAGCCUGAUCCCCAAGCGCAGGAGCUCGUCCAGGUCCAUCAAGAGGAAGAAGUUUGACGAUGAGCUGGUGGAGAGCAGCCUGGCCAAGUCCUCCACCAGGGCCAAGGGCCCAGCGCUCCCCGAGCCCGGCCGGUACUCUGGCAGCGAGGCCUCCUCCAACGAGAAGAAGAAAAUCUCCAAGGCGGUCUCCCUGCCCACGGCCCCCAGCAACAUGGCCAAGAGAAUGAAGAAAAGCAAACAGCCUCCACAGGUCACCAAGGACCUCGGGCGCUGGAAACCCACAGACGACUUACUGUUAAUAAACACUGUCUUACAGACCAACGAGCUGACGGCAGUUCACCUCGGGGUGAAGUUCAGUUGCCGCUUCACACUGCGGGAGAUCCAGGAGCGCUGGUACGCACUGCUGUACGACCCCGUCAUCUCCAAGCUGGCCUGUCAGGCCAUGAGGCAGCUGCACCCGGAAGCCAUCACAGCCAUCCAGGCCAAGGCUCUGUACAGCAAGGCUGAGGAGCAGCAGCUCGGCAAGAUAGGAUCGGUAAUCUCUCGCCCUCUCGCCCUGGGACUAGUUGGGACCAGUCAGCCCACCCUGGAGACCUUUCAGGAGCUGUUGAACAAACACCCCCAUGUUUUCUACCCAUCCCGGACUGGCAAGUCCCUGCAGCUACAUUGGCAGCUGAUGAAACAAUAUUACCUGCUCGACGAUCAAACAGUGCAACCUUUACCGAAAGGAGAUCAAAUCCUGAACUUCUCAGACGCCGAAGACAUGAUCGACGACAGUAAACUCAAAGAAGCGAGAGAUGAUUUCUUAGAACAGGAGCUAACCCUUGCAGACCGGAGGCAGAAACGUGAGAUCCGGCAGCUGGAGCAGGAGCUACCCAAGUGGCAGGUGCUGGUGGACAGUGUGACAGGCAUCAGCUCCCCCGACUUCGACAACCAGACCCUGGCCGUGUUACGGGGCCGGAUGGUGAGGUACCUGAUGAGAUCUCGAGAGAUUACCCUGGGGAGAGCAACGAAGGAUAAUCAAAUUGAUGUGGAUCUCUCGCUGGAGGGACCCGCAUGGAAAAUCUCCAGAAGACAAGGUGUCAUCAAACUGAAAAACAACGGAGAUUUCUUCAUCGCUAACGAGGGCCGGCGACCGCUGUACAUUGAUGGGCGGCCGGUGCUCAGCGGCAACAAGUGGAAACUGAACAGUAACUCGGUGGUGGAGAUCGCUGGCCUUCGCUUUGUGUUCCUGAUCAACCAGGACCUGAUCACCCUGAUCAGAGCCGAAGCCGCCAAGAUGACCCAGCAGUGAAGACAGCGACAACCACGUCUGAGACGGGAAGCGAGAUCUCCUGGCCUGGCCUCGCUGCCUCGGGAUUACUGUGUCAGUGACACAACCUAUUUGUGUGUCAGGGACGUUUAGUUGUUCAGUUUGAGCUGUGAGGAUAUCUGGCUGGACACGGCUACUGUACACUUGGUGUGCGUUUGUGUGGAGCGGCUGAUUGAACAAGGUGCCGAGAGAGAGAGAGAGAGUGACAUUCAAAUGGAGUCCUGUAAUGUGUUGGUUAUAAUCCCUUCCCCCCAAAAAAUUAUUUGGUCACUCAAUCCACGACUGUUGGCGGGACACUGCUGUGUGCAAUUGGCUGCCGUGUUUCGCCUUUAAAAUACAGUCACUACACUUUACAGUAUACUCUGUGAAGCGCUUUGAGACGUCUCGACGACGUGAUCAGGCGCUGUAUCAAAUGCAAGGAUUAUUAUUGUUUUCAGACUGAGCAAAGUGAGUGAGGGUCAUGGCUGUAGAUCAGUGGGGGUCAAACACAUUUUUCUUGAUUAUGGCCACACCAUCAAUAUCCGCUAUUCAGUUGGAAAGAAACUUGAUUUAAUAGACUGACCUGGACAAGGGCGAAGUCAGCAGGACAAAAUGGCCAUUGCCCAUCAGAAACGUCACUGAGCUGUGUUGAUGUACUUCCUCUGUUGUGUUAACCCCCUCCCCCCAGGACCAUCGAUGCUGAUACAAUAGUUUAGAGCAAUGUCCAGAACCGAGAAUAUUUCUUAUUUUGCAAUCAAAUCUGAUUUCAAGUCAAAUAAACUGGAUUCUUUGUUAGGCUUUAAA